AUGCUAAUUGCAAGUGGACAAGAUAGUGAAAAUCAAAUAUAUCCUGUAGCUUGGGCAGUCGUUGACUCUGAGAAUGAAUUUUCUUCGACUUGGGUUUUUCGCCAAUUAGUCAAUGUUGUGCCAAAUACAUCUGAGUUGUCCAUCAUAUCAGCCAGAAAUCCAAGCAUAAAGAAAGCAGAUGCUAUAGUUUACAAUCAAGCUCAUCAUAGAGUAUUUACAAGGCAACUUGGUGAAAAUAUUCGUACAAACUAUCAUGUUGGUUCUUCAGUCCUUAGCUUAUACUAUCUUGCAGGAAAAACAUAUAGAAUCGAGGAAUUCAAUGAGUAUUUAGAAGAAAUUCGACGGAAAGGGUAUGGUAAUGUUGUUGAGUAUCUCGAGAAUUUUAUUGGUUUCAAGCGAUGGAGUAGAUCUCAUUUUCCUGGACACAUGUAUGAUGUCAUAACCUCCAAUAUUGUGGAGUCUAUUAAUGCUAGACUUGUAACAGAAAGAGAACUUCCCAUCAUUGCUUUAUUUAAUGCAAUUCAAAAGUUGUUAUGUAGAUGGUUUCGUGAGCGUCGUGGACUAACAUUGUCCACAAAUAACUAUUUAACUCCAGCAGUAAAUGCUUUAGUGAGAGAAACAAGACGUGAAAUAGUAGACAAAUUAUCUGUACACCAACUUCAUGUGAAUGAGUUUAUUGUUCAAGGGGAUGGUCAAGAUGCAAGAGUUAAUGUCAAUGCCAAAACAUGCACUUGUAGGGUGUGGGAUCUUCAGUAA